AAGUUGUGAGAUGGCAGGAGUAAAGUUGCUAGGUAUUUCAUUGAGCCCUUUUAGUCGUAGAGUUGAGUGGGCUCUCAAGAUUAAGGGUGUUGAAUAUGAAUUUGUUGAAGAAGAUUUACAUAACAAAAGUCCUGUACUUCUUGAAUUGAAUCCAAUUCACAAGAAAAUUCCAGUGCUAAUUCACAAUGGCAAGCCAAUUUGUGAGUCAAUGGUGAUUGUUGAAUACAUUGAUGAGACAUUUGAAGGUCCUUCCAUCUUGCCUAAAGAUCCUUAUGAUCGAGCUAUAGCUCGUUUUUGGGCUAAGUUCUUUGAUGAUAAGUGCAUGCCAGUAAUGGGGAAAGCUAUAUUUGGUAGUGGAGAGGAGUCAAACAAAGCUAAAGAGGAAUUGGGUGAUUUAAUAAAGAUUCUUGAAAAUGAGCUAAAAGACAAGAACUUUUUUGUUGGUGACAAAUUUGGAUUUGCUGAUAUGGCUGGAAAUUUGAUGGCAUAUUGGAUGGGAAUUGUUGAAGAAGCAUCUGGAAAUAUUUUUGUGACAAGCGAAAAAUUUCCAAUUUUUUGUAAUUGGAGAAAUGAGUACGUUAAUUGUAGUACAAUCAAGGAAUAUUUACCGCCAAGAGAUGAAAUACUUGCACAUUUCAAAGCUCGUUUUGCAGCUGCCCAAAAAUAAAAACUUUCUACUUAGUGAUUUUUUUGAGUUUUUAUUUUGUGUGGCUAUUAAAACUACCUUAUGUUAGUAGGUAGUAUGUUGUUU